GAUGGCGGAGGGCAGCGGCAGCGGUGGGAGCGGCCGAGGGCCGCCCUCGGCUUUGCGGCGUUGGGAGCAGCUGCGGCGGCGGGCUGCGACGCCCUGGGCCCGCGGGCUCCUGGCCGUGGCCGCCGGGCUCGGGCUCCUGUACGCGGUGCUGCGGGUGCCGGUGCGGCUCCGGGACGGCCUGGCGGCCGCGACUGUGUUCUUAAGCACUUUGACUCCAAAAUUCUACUUUGCCCUUACAGUAACUUCAUCUUUUAUAUCUGGACUGAUAUUUGUGUUUGAGUGGUGGCACUUCCGAAAAUACGGCACGUCCUUCAUCGAGCAGGUUUCUGUGAGCCAUCUGAGGCCCCUCAUCGGGGGUGCAGAGAGCAGCCCCCCAGCCCCAGCAGCUUUCUCGGCAGGGGACAAUGAGAGCAGCAGGCAGAGCAUGCCAGAGUGCAAAGUGUGGCGAAAUCCUCUCAAUCUUUUCAGAGGGGCAGAGUAUAGCAGGUACAUGUGGGUGACUGGGAAGGAGCCUCUUACUUACUAUGACAUGAAUUUGUCUGCUCAAGAUCAUCAGACGUUUUUCACAUGUGACACGGAUGCCCUUCGGCCCUCAGACACAGUCAUGCAGAAAGCGUGGAGGGAGAGGAACCCACAAGCCCGGAUUAAAGCAGCACACCAAGCCCUGGAGUUGAACAAUGAUUGUGCUACUGCAUAUGUCCUCCUGGCUGAGGAAGAAGCAACAACUAUUGUGGAUGCUGAGAAAUACUUCAAGCAGGCUCUGAAAGCAGGAGAAAUGAUUUACAGAAAAUCUCAGAACUGCCAUUCCCAGAGCCCCCAGCACGAAGCACAGCUGAGAAGAGACACCAAUGUAUUGGUGUAUGUGAAAAGGAGGUUAGCUAUGUGUGCCAGGAAACUUGGAAGAAUACGAGAAGCAGUGAAAAUGAUGAGAGAUUUGAUGAAAGAGUUUCCACUUCUCAGUAUGCUGAACAUCCAUGAAAACCUCCUGGAGGCCCUUCUGGAGUUACAGGCUUAUGCAGAUGUCCAGGCAGUUUUAGCCAAGUAUGAUGAUAUCAGUCUUCCCAAGUCAGCAGCAAUAUGUUACACAGCAGCUCUGCUAAAAGCCAGAGCUGUUUCAGAAAGGUUCUCCCCAGAAACUGCCUCCAAAAGAGGGCUUAGUACAGCAGAAAUUAGUGCUGUGGAAGCAAUUCACAGAGCUGUGGAAUUUAACCCUCAUGUUCCAAAGACUAAAAAUGAGUAUGUAAAGCAGGAAGUCCCUGUGUUCACACAUCUGAUGAAAGUGAUUGUACGUAACGUUUUGCAUAAGGAAAAUAAAAUAAGGUUUGUUUCUCUUUGUUCUGCUUUUACAAGGCUGGGGUUUGUUUGGAAAGUUAGAACCAGCUAGAAAAGUGGUCCUCUUAAGCCAUUUCAAGUUAGAAGUCUGUAACUACAUUUUGGUACUUCAUGAAACAACCUUUUGCAGUCAUCUUCUGAAUAUCUUCGAGAUUUUCAUUGUGUAUAAAGACUUCAAAACCUUCUGUUCAGUACUGAGAUACCUUCAGUACUGACACCUUGCCUGUUUUAUGCUUAACCGUGGAUGUGAAAACCUGCCAGACAGGAAUUUUUCUGUUUAUGUGGUAACAUGGGCUCAGAGAGAGCCAAAGCCUGGAGCUGAGCACUGGUGUGUUGUGGCAAUACUUGCAGUGGGGCUUCAGCACCACUGCUGGGUUUGUAUUCCCAGUUAGCAUAAUGGAAAAGUGGGCACUGUGGAGAGCAUGAGGAGUCAGGUCAGGGGUCAGAUAUUUGAGACCAUUUUCCCACAGCAGUGCUGUGUGAAUGAUCCUUUACUGUGUUAAAAAAAAAAAAAAAAUUGAAGAGGCUUAGAGGGGAUUAGCAAGAAUAUUACCCUCCGGAGUGCAGGCCCAAGGCACUGAGAGAAGAACCUAGCCAGGCAGCAAAUGUGCUUUAUUUGGCUGGGGCACAACCCCAUCUACAUUCCUUGAAGAGUCUGAAUGGGAAAAGUUAAGUCCUCAAACUGGAUUAGUAAAUAAUCUCAUCGUUUGUGGCAUCUGCUGAAAUAAAUCGGUGAGGUUGCUGCAUUCUUACACUUUGGGGGACACUGCAAGGAAUUGCCAGCUACAUGAUCAAAGACCUGGAUUAACUUGGGCUCUUAUUGAAUGAGACACUGUAUGGUAGGAGAGGACAGCUCACAGGUAAAUAGUAGAGCUGAAACUGUCAUUUCAUUCUUGUAAAAAGUAGUCAUCUGUUUUAAAAAGCUAAGUUCAAAUGAAUACCUGACUUUUUUUAACCCGGUACAUUAAAAAAAGGCAUGUUUUGUGUUGCAAAGAAAUAGGAAAUGAUUAAUCCUUGUGUUCUUUGACCCCUCUGAGCAUCAGAUUUUCUGCUGAUGGAGGGAGAGGGUGGAAAUUGAAAAAAAUCUGAAAUCAAAGAUACUUUGUGGUAGCCCAGUAAGACCACAUUAAAAGAAGAUUUUCCUGGGUUUGGUUUAUUAUUCUUCUUUUGGUUAGCACACUGACACUUUCAGAUUUGCUGCUCAUACUUCAGAGGUAACAAGUCCUCAACUGCCUACAUUGAAACUUUCAGUGAUGAGCAAACUUUCAGUAAUGAGC